GACGUCACAUCCGUUGUUGAGAAACACGACAAACAAACCUUCACAGAAUCUCGUCCAUGGAGGAAGCUAAUUCACAAAUACUAGACCAUGCCAACUCCGAGUUUAAAAAGAAGAAUUUUAAACAGGCAGAGGAGCUAUACACAGAGUUUAUCUCUUCCUGCUUACAGUCCAGGAAAUGCACAGCUGGUGAUUUGGCCACUGCUUAUAACAACCGUGGACAGAUAAAGUACCUCCGGGUGGAUUUUCAUGAAGCGGUAGAGGAUUGCACCUCCGCGAUACAGGCUGACAGUCAGUUUGAAAUACCUUUCUACAACAGAGGACUCAUCCACUAUAGACUAGGUUUUUUCGACAAUGCCAAGAGUGACUUCCAGCAAGCAUUAAAGAUCAAUCCAGAGUUUGAAGAUGCCAAAGUGAGCCUGCAACAGACACUUCUGGACCAACAGGAGAAGAUAAACAGGGGAUACUGACAACAUCAUAAACCACAGAGUACAUAUUUGAUGUAUCCUGCAGUCUGGUGGUUAAACUAAAGAUAGACUGAUGCACAUACUUUAUUUUUUUUCAAUUAAGAUGUUGCUAUUCAAUCUGAAGAUCGACAGUUUUAUUUGCUGUCACACAAGCAGUAUAAAGCGACCUGCACGAACAAAUGUGCAGCUGAAAAAAAGAAGAUAACCAGAAAAUGUCAAAUAAUUUGCUGUUUGAACACAUGAAAGGAAGCAGACAUCCCACCAGAUCAGGCGCAACACUAUUAUGGAUUUUUGUCAAGCAGAGCAUUGAUAAUUCUUUCUUCUGCACUGACUCGAGACUCUUUCAGCUGGAAAAAAAUGUAAUGGCCUCAUAAAGGAACGUAUAUCAUUGUAUAAGUCUGUGAGUGGAUGGUGCAGACUGAUCGACCCAGGCGCACCAGGUAAAACAAUGAACCCGGGUUUUACUGUCAGUAAUAAAUAUUAGUACACCAUCCUGAAGACACUGGGAGAGGGUUUGUGACUGUAAACAAACAGUAAUCAAGGAUUAGCAUGCUGUAAUAAUGAGGAGUCUCAGCUGCAAAAGAAAACAUGUUUUGUGUUUUAAAUUGAGCCCCAAGUCUUUCCACAAGUUGAAAAAUAGUUUUAAGGAAAGGUAGUAAUCCAUUAUACUUCCUAGAUUCUUUUGACAAUGUGUAUUUCUUGAUAUAAUAGUUUAAAAAAGACAUUUCUGAUGUCAAACACACAUGUAAAUAUGUUUAAAAUCACAGAACAUUAAAUAAUUUUUACUACA